CGCACCUGCUUCUGCCUGAGGUGUACCCGGAAGGUCGUCAGCCCGGGCUCCAAAUACGUAACAGUGAGUUUCUAAGUGAGUCACACGGACGCGGCUGGUCUCUAGUGAAACAUAAUCGCUUCACUCUUCUCAAUGGUUCCCUCUUCGGAAGGAAGCGCAGUCCGCAGCGACGUCCGAGGGCGUGAUCGCCUACGUCGCACCCGCGUCUCCAGUGGCCACCCCUUGUCCUACAGGAACGCGCAUCUGCUUAGCAGGCGCUGAGCCCUUGAGGAGGCGUAAAAUGAAUGAACGCGGCUCUGCCUCCUGUGCAGGCUCACAGUUGUGGGUGGCGAAUAAAAGGGUAUCUAUCCAUGCCUAAGGUCGACGGCGAUAAGACAGACAGACGUUCUUCCCAGGAGGAGAUCAGUUCCACAGACGGAGUUCUCGCUAUGUUGCCCAUACUAAUCUCAAAAUUCCUGGCUUCAAGUGAUCCUCCUGUCUCAGUCCCUGAAGUGCUGGGAUUACAGAAUAGGUGGAGAGGUAUGAAGAAUGAGGAACACUGCCAGGGGAGUUUCUUGCUCUGCAAAAUAAGGGAGUGUGUACUGAAUUACCUUUUCCAGCUCCAACAUCCAGGAUUUCAGCACUAUCUGCAGAGUAGUGGGAGGAGAGCUAGAGGAAGAAGUGAAGAUAAGAAACCACUCGAAGUGGGCGUCUGCGCUUCCGUGGUGGCUGGGACAGCAGCAGUAGUGCUGUCCAUCUGCUCGGCCGAGGGGUGGCACAUCUUAGCCUCUCUCUCUUUUCCCCAGAGAAUAUCCCUCCCUGCGCUUCCCCCGUCUCAGCCUUUCAGUGUGUAAACAGUUCUAGUGUGACUCAUCGGUGCUUUUGUUAGCCCCUUUACCAGCAAGUACUUGUUAAACACUUAAAUCUUACAAAUGGAAAGAAAAUUCCAUGGUAAAUUUAAGUAUAAAAGUCAACCAAAAUUCUGAGCCUCGGACAAGACUGGUUAAAAAUCGUUCUACAAUGAAACUAAUAUAUGAAAUUCAAUCAUAGAAAACCUU